CCGCGGCUCACGCCCUUCUCUGGAGCUCCUUUAAGCGGUGUGCUUAAUCCCCUCUCCUCGUGUACCAGGAAACAAAGAGGCAAGAAAAAGUUUCCUGCCUCUUCGGCAGCUCCAGACUUUUUCACGGACUCCCUUCCGGCUAGCUGUGGCGCACUAGCCCCCUUCAGGCUGUGUUCACGCCUCCAACCCCAAUCCUCUCCCUGGGAUCCGACCUCCGAAGUCCGAGCCUCAGCUCCCAGCCCCCACCCACCCCAGGGGGUGAGCAGACAAGCCUCUCGGGCUAGUGAGUGCUGGUUGGCACCGAUCCUCUGUGCGGGAAUCUCUGUGCUUUGCCCUCUGCACCCCUGUUGUUGUGCUCUCCUCCGUGGCUCCGAAGCUUCCCCCCUCCGUCGCCCACAGUCUCUGCCUGCGAAGGGGUUUCCUAGUUGCGAGAUGAGGACAGAAGCACGACGAAAAAAUCUUCUUAUUUUGAUUUUGCAUUAUCUAACACAAGAAGGAUAUAUCGAUGCAGCCAAUGCUUUGGAGCAAGAAACUAAACUGGGGUUACGACGCUUUGAAGUUUGUGACAACGUUGAUCUUGAAACUAUUUUGAUGGAAUAUGAGAGCUAUUAUUUUGUAAAAUUUCAGAAAUACCCCAAAAUUGUCAAAAAGGCAUCAGACACAGCAGAAAAUAAUUUACCACAAAGAAGUGGAGGGAAGACCAGAAGAGUGAUGAGCGACAGUUGUCAAAAUCUUCCCAAGAUCAGCGAGCAGAGGCCACGGUCCAAAACCACGGUGGGGAAGCCAGGGGGCACCAAGCCCCUCCACAGGGAGCAUCCUAAACAGGAGCUUGUCAAUCACACUCAUAAGGAGAGUGCUGACUUUGGCUUAAGCACAUCUGGAAUCAACAAAAGCAGUGGAGAAGAAAACGUCCGCCCCCCAAAAGGCCAAAUCAUUGACUUCCGAGGGCUGCUCACAGAUGCCAUAAAAGGAGCAACCAGCGAACUUGGCUUGAACAGCUUCGACUGUAACCCAGACCCUUCAGAACGAUUGUUGAAACCUCUGAGUGCAUUUAUUGGCAUGAACAGUGAGAUGCGAGAAUUGGCAGCCGUGGUGAGCCGGGACAUUUAUCUCCAUAAUCCAAACAUAAAGUGGAAUGACAUUAUUGGACUCGAUGCCGCCAAGCAGUUAGUCAAAGAAGCUGUUGUGUAUCCUAUAAGGUACCCACAGCUGUUUACAGGAAUCCUUUCGCCCUGGAAAGGACUGCUGCUCUACGGACCUCCAGGUACAGGAAAGACUCUGCUGGCCAAAGCUGUGGCUACGGAAUGCAAAACAACCUUCUUUAAUAUUUCUGCAUCUACCAUCGUAAGCAAAUGGAGAGGGGAUUCAGAAAAACUUGUUCGGGUGUUAUUUGAACUUGCCCGCUAUCACGCCCCCUCCACCAUCUUCCUGGACGAGCUGGAGUCAGUGAUGAGUCAGAGAGGCACGGCUCCUGGGGGAGAGCACGAAGGAAGCCUGCGGAUGAAGACAGAGUUACUGGUGCAGAUGGAUGGGCUGGCCCGCUCCGAGGAUCUCGUGUUUGUCUUAGCAGCCUCCAACCUGCCGUGGGAGCUAGACUGUGCCAUGUUGCGGCGCCUGGAGAAGAGGAUUCUGGUGGACCUCCCAAGCCAGGAGGCCAGGCAGGCCAUGAUCCACCACUGGCUGCCGCCCGUGUGCAGGAGCAGCGCCCUGGAGCUGCGCGCGGAGCUGGAGUACAGCCUGUUGAGCCGGGAGACGGAGGGCUACUCGGGCUCGGACAUCAAGCUAGUCUGCAGGGAAGCAGCCAUGCGGCCUGUGAGGAAGAUCUUCAGUGCCCUUGAAAAUCACCAGUCAGAGAGCAGCAGUUUACCUGGGAUCCAGCUGGAUACAGUGACCACUGCUGACUUUUUGGAUGUGCUAGUCCACACCAAGCCUUCAGCAAAAAAUCUGACUCAGAGAUACUCAGCCUGGCAAAGUGAGUUCGAGUCUGUGUGAAAUCACAUUUACACUGACUUGGCCACAAAGACAACUACAGAGGCCUCCUCAUUAAUCAGUGUAAGUGGAAGAAGAACUAUUACAUUUGGAAUAGAAAACAGAAAAUUAUUCUUGAAGACUGGAUUAAUUUUGACAACUGUACCAUUUUGGAAACAUAUAUUUUCAUGGUUGAUGUCAGCAAAAUAUUGAAGAUUCCAAUUACAGGUAUGUGUGCUAUGAGGUCUUGCAACGGAGACUUUUCUCACAAUGAGAUCCCAUAAAAUUCAGAUGAAUACUUUCUUGUAGUGUUCCUCAUUUGUGAACUGGCAUUUUCAUUUUGAAAAAGAUGUGGUAAGAAAAGUUGUGCUGGGAUGCAGAGAGUGGUUCUAAGUUGGGGAGCCAGUCAGAAGCUGAGCUUGACGGACCAUCUGACAGCUGACAGUUCAAGGGUGGGUAAGGGUGGGAGCAAGGAAGAGAAACAGCGUCUGCUUCUCUUGACAAUAUUCUGAAUCUCAUUUGCUCUCCCUGAUUCCGACUCCAGUCAGUUUUAUCAGCAGAGCAGACCCCUACCAGACUAGCCCCACUCAGGAAUAUCACUGGCCCAUCUCUGGAGAUGAGCUAAUAGCAGUGGUAACAAGCACCCCACUAUCACUACCUACCAGUUGCAAUGUUUUGAGUUCUGGCCCCUAAGAACACCUUCACAUCUCACAUCCUGUGUGUUCUGACCUUCUCUUUCCAUUGCCACAGCUCCUCACUGGAUCCAAAACUUAGGAUGGUGUACCUGAGCUUCUAGAACAGUCUUCCCUGCUCUUAGGCUCCUCCACAUCUCCUUAUGGGGCUGUAAACAGCUAGAAACAUCUCAUUCAGACACCCACAAUCUGAGGCAUCUACUUUCAACUCCUGGUAAAUUUUGAAGGCUUCCACUAAGUAAUGCCACCCCUCCCGCUGCUUAGAAUUUUCCUGUGGUCGCCUUUUGUUGUCCCCCUUGCCUUGUUUUCUUCAUCCCUGCAAGGCAGACUCCUCCAGAGAAGAAAACACUUGCAGGAAAAGGGACAUUUUGGCUAAACAGUCCAAAGUAUUUCACCCUUUCAAACAAAAACAUUUUGGGGUUUUGAUUAUUUUGAAUAGAAUAGUCUCAAAUGCCUCUUAAAAUAUCAUUUUUUGGAAAAUGUAGUUAAAUUGAAUAAGUUUAAAAGAAAAAAAAAGACAUUUCAUCUUAGUAGAAGCUCAGCUGAAACUUCUUCAUGGUCACUAGGUAGUACCCUGUGAGCACUGCUGAUACACAGACAUGGAGGUCUCUAAGCUCAAUGGCCUAGACUGCUGUGCCGUUCAAUUUCCAACAUCUGCCGUCUGUGCUUUUGGGUUAUUUUCUUUGUCAGGCUGUCAGCUGACAUUUCUUAGAGCUAUUAGUCCAUUUGCUUGUGGCCUUUGCCACCCUUUCUGAUUUCAUAAAAUCUCAAGUGGAUGGAACCUCAAUUAUAGCUAAUUUGCUGUGGUUGGAAAGCAGGUUAAGUGUGCACUAUAUGCGUACUUAAGAAUGAACAGGCAGAGGGGCAGAGGAGGGCUCCCGUGGAGAGCAUGCUUUGUGACAACAGGGUUGGGCCCUUUUAGCUUACUGCCCCGGAGUUCCUGAUUCCGUUCAGGUAAGUGUGGUUUGGCCAUCCCUCCCAGCACAUACCGGUAACCUUCCACUUCCAAAACCCACCUCCACAUCCUCCCUCCGUUCCUUUUAAGAAUCUCCAAAGGGCUUCCCUGGUGGCACAGUGGUUGAGAGUCCGCCUGCCGAUUCAGGGGACAUGGGUUCGUGCCCCCGUCCGGGAGGAUCCCACAUGCUGCGGAGUGGCUGGGCCCGUGAGCCAUGGCCGCUGAGCCUGUGCUCCGCAAUGGGAGAGGCCACAGCGGUGAGAGGCCCGCGUACCGCAAAAAAAAAAAAAAAAAAAAAAGAAUCUCCAAGUUCAUCUUUGUAACACUUCCACCUACAUUCAAUCACAUAGGCCAUCCUUCUCUCCUCAUUCCUUGGAAAGUUUGUCUACAAAUGAUCACACACAUAUGUUUUUAGGUCAUGCCUUUAUUUUGGUGGCUUAUCAGUUUUAUACAUUAUCUAAUGACUUCCUGCUUUGGAUGAAAUGAAAUAUAGCCUUUCCAUCCCUUUGCCCCAUCCCUAGCACACACACGUCUUUCCCUAAUCAUCCCCAAACAGUUUUACUACAGUUUUAGGUUAACUCAAUAUUUUUAUGAUAUGGUUCACUGUACAUUGUUUACUGAAGAGCCAACUAGUGGAUUAGGAUUACAUUUCCUUUCUUGUUGAGUUUUGUCUUUCUUGGAAUUAAUAACUGCCUCUUUUUUCUUUCAUUUGCUUAAUUUUCUAAGUAUUUAUUCUUAAUUUUUUGGGCAACAUUUUCAUCUGUCAGAUACCCAUCAGUAUUGUCUUCUAAAUGGCCAAACAUAUCAGAUUAACUUUCAACUCCAUUCCCACGCUCUCUGGUCCUGGUUGUAAGGGGAAGGGGACCAGACAAUGGCUGUAGAACAAGCAGAGAUUUACCUAAUCCCGUUUUCAGCCCCGCCUCUCAGCCUGGCCCACCACCGUGUCCAGUGUCUCCAAGGCCUGAACGUUCAUAGUUCCACUUCUCCAGAGCGUAAAACCCCCCUCUCCUGCCUGGCUGAGGGUGCGUAUCUGGCUGCUCGGGGGGGGAGGGUUUCUGGGGCUCCAGCCACUUUCCCAGCUUUGAACCAAUUCCUUGCUUGUCAACCUUGCCUCCCACCUCACGACCUCUCUACCCAGUGUCUCCAAGCCUUGAGUCUUUGAGGUGAUGAUCUACAGGAUGAGUUUUGGUUUUUUUCUUUGCGUUGAUUUUAGUUAUCAACACUCCAUCAUCCUCUUUCCACCUCCCGAAUUAUUGAACCCUGUCAUCCACUGCUGUCUCCUCUACCAUUCUCCUGUGGGUUGUCCUUGUUGGUUUAUAACAUCUUUAUUCCUUUCCUCUUCUUUUAGUGGGGCUUUGAGAGAGAUCAACUAGUACAUGACUAAUCUACUGUUUAUAGAGUCUCUGGUUAUUUUUUUAAAAGUAUAUCUAAGUUUACAGGGAUAUAGGAGAUUGGCCCGUUAGUUGUUGGUGGAAAUUUGAACUUAAUUGCACACGUGGUAUUUUCUUCUAAAGCAGAGAUCAUAAUUCAAAUGCUAUAGGAACUUGGAACAUAGUUACACAUGGGUAAAGGAAGACAAGGAAGAGGUGGGGGACUGUGGCGAACGGGAGAGGCCAGAACUCUCCGAAGAUAGCUCAAUUUCCCAACUAGAAGAUACGUGUCUAGGAGUUGGAGCUACAUUCUGCUGUCUUCCUUAGUGAUUUACUCACAGGGGCAUUUAAAAAUAUUGGGGGGACUUCCCUGGUGGCGCAGUGGUUAAGAAUCUGCCUGCCAAUGCAGGGGACACGGGUUCAAGCCCUGGUCCGGGAAGAUCCCACAUGCCGUGGAGCAACUAAGCCCGUGAGCCACAACCACUGAGCCCGUGCGCCACAGCUACUGAAGCCAGUGCGUCUAGAGCCCGUGCUCUGCGACAAGAGGAGCCACUGCAAUGAGAGGCCCGCGCACCAAAAUGAAGAGUAGCCCCCGCUCGCCACAACUAGAGAAAGCCCACGUGCAGCAACGAAGACCCAACACAGCCAAAAAUAAAUACAUAAUUUAAAAUAAAUAAAUAUUUGGUUUUCUCAGGCACAUCAGCCAGUGAAACAAACAGGCAUUGAGAUGUGUAUGACAUUAAACACAGGAAAAAGAUAUCAAAAUCUGUUUCAUUUUAACAGAUGAGGUUUGAAUUAUGAUAAACGAUUUCUGGUGCUCUGGCACCUCGCCUCUCAAGGACAGCAGCAUGCUUUGGGUAGUAGGUCUUGACGGCUGGUGUAACAUAAAGUCAGCAAAGGCCCUGUGCAUUUACGCCGGGAAAGGCUUUUGUGACUUAUGUCAAAGAAACUCAAUAAUGCAAACAUGGCUAUAUGCAAACAACUGCUAACAGGACGGAAAUACUCUGCUGCCCAAGGCAAGUGUUUUAAUGAAACAGAUUAGUGCAGUUUUAAAAUUCUUUAUUAUAGCUGCCCAAGGACUUCAGUUUCAUCCUACAUGAACCACCAUUGAUCCAAAACCAACUGAACAUAAUCAGUGCAGGUGUGUUUUGACUUUCCUGUCCAACUCGCUCCUGUAAUUUUUCAGUGUGGGGUUAAGAGUGAGGUGAUGACACUGUCACUCCAGGGCAGUUUUUUUUUUUUUUUGCGGUACGCGGGCCUCUCACUGCUGUGGCCUCUCCCGUUGCGGAGC